AUCAGACGAGGAAGGAAAGGGGGCUGAUUCUGGAAGCCAUUACGCCAGUGUCGCAGGGUGGAGGCCGUUGAGCGGGGCUUGCUGGGUGGCUGCGGGCCAUGGCGUCGCCCCCGGCUCCCCCGGCCAAGAAGCGGAAGAUGAACUUCUCGGAGCGGGAGGUGGAGAUCAUCGUGGAGGAGCUGGAGCGCGGCAAGCACCUCCUCAUCAACCACUUCAACGCGGGCGUACCGCUGGCCGCCAAGGCCGCCGCCUGGCACGACAUCCUGCGGCGCGUCAACGCCGUCGCCACCUGCCACCGUGAGCUGCCCGAAGUGAAGAAGAAAUGGUCCGACCUCAAGACCGAGGUGCGGCGCAAAGUGGCCCAAGUGCGAGCUGCCAUGGAAGGGGGGAGCGAGAGCCAGAACGGUGGCGGUGCCGGGACGGAGGGCGAGGACCCAAGCGGUGCCACGGCUGCUCCCGUCAUCCUCACCCCCAUGCAACAGCGCAUCUGCAACCUGCUGGGAGAGGCCACCAUCAUCAGCUUGCCCAGCGGGGACUGCGGGGCGGCCGAUGGGACCGAGAUCCCCAUCACUGCCUCCACCACCACCGUCACGCUGACCCAGAUUCCUGCAGAGACAACUUACCACAGUCUGGAGGAUGGGGUCGUGGAGUACUGCACAACAGAAGCCCCCGCCACCGUUACUGCCGAAGCACCCUUGGAGAUGAUGGCACAUCAACACGAAGUAUCUGCAAAACCCCAGGAGCUGAAAAGCCGCAUUGCUCUGAACUCAGCGAAGCUCCUGCAGGAGCAGCGAGUGACCAACUUGCACGUGAAGGAGAUCGCCCAGCACCUGGAGCAGCAGAAUGACUUGCUUCAGAUGAUCCGUCGCUCUCAGGAGGUGCAGGCAUGUGCGCAGGAGCGCCAGGCUCAAGCCAUGGAAGGAACACAGGCUGCACUGAGUGCCCUCAUCCAGGUCCUCCGCCCCAUGAUUAAGGACUUCCGUCGAUUUUUGCAGAGCAAUACACCCAGUCCUUCGGUGGCCGCUGACCCCGGCCAGACUGGGCAGCAAGAUGGCAUUAUCCAGUGAAAGAAACAGCAGUGGGACUUCUUUAUUGGUAAAAAAUCUGCCCCUGCUGCCAUUGGACACGGAGUAAGGGGUGCUGGCUCUUGUCAGUGUGAAAUGGCUCGCCUUGGAGCCUUGCUGAGCCCCAACGGCUUUCUUCUCUGCUAAUCUUAUGCUAAUCUGCCUUUUCAGACCCAUCGUACAGAGCAGAAGCAGGAGAUUUAAUAAACAAGGAACCUAACCUCGGUUGCUUUAGUUCCUCAGAAAAAUAGAUUUGUUU